UGAUCUACUUGUUAGGCGACGUGGCUACAGACACUCUUACUGAAUGGCAGAAAUCCUCUGACUAACGAGUCCAUCAUUCCACCCUGAGAUCAUCAAGAAGGCAGCUACUGGUGUCACUGUGAUAGACGGGCAAGCGAGGCAUCCAGCCUUAUCUCCUGUCGUUUAUGGAGGAGGCCAAGCUAUUAUGACAUAUCAAGGGCAUAUGUUAAUUGAACAUGGAGGCUCUACGCCAGGUUUCCGCACACAGAUAGCCAGACUACCCUUCGAAAAUCUUGGAGUUGCGGUAUUCUCAAACGACGACAUAUAUGGUGACCAGUUAAUGGACAUUGUCAAGUUCGGCAUCAUUGACAAGGUCCUCGGUCUCGAGAAGAUUGACUGGAAUAGUUUAAUGAAAGCGGCUGCAGUAACGAACUAUGAACAGGUCCUUUCUCAAAUAAUCCCGCGACCGGACAACCCAAAGCCUCCCACAUCACGCUGGGAAGGAUGGUACAAGAAUGACGCGUAUGGCGAGAUCUUGCUCUGCCUCGUCGGUCUGGAGUCGUCGACCCUUCCUGAGUGCCUUCAGCUCACCAACGAAGUUUACACGACUCUUCCAGGCGUGAUAAACCCCUCUAUUCCAUCCUUGGUAGCCAAGUGGAACAAAGUCUGGUCCUCUCAUAUCUUGUUGGAGCAUUUCGAUGGCGAUUUAUAUAACGCGAGUGCUCUUGACAGUAUCGUUACGGAUGAUGGGUUCUGGGUGAAUCGGGAGGCGAGAGACGUACUCGUUACGGCCGAAUUUGUGAUUGAGGAGGAUGAGAUUGGGUUUGGCUUGACGGGCGGUAUUUGGGGUGCUGGUCCCGGCGUCGAUCCUCCGAACGGUGAUACGGUGCGGGAGAGAGCUGAAGUGUGGUUCGGGAAGUUGUAAUAAAGAGAUUUGUAUUAACUGUGUAUGUUUCGUAACUACUUAAAAGUAGGAGUAUGUAUGUUUUACAAUGUUUGAUCCUGGCAGGUACCAGAGACAGAUUACGCAGGGGAAAUACAUGACGCGUACAUUAGACCUGCUUUCAUACUCCAUCUCGAAGUUAAAGAUGUAUCUUGGCUUUCUUUCCACUGUGGACUGGCGCACUCUGUUCUGGCUGGUCUUCAGAAACUAUCAUUAUCUAGGAAAAAAUCAGUUUACGAGACUAGAUGACAG